AUGACAACCAAAGUAAAGGCCGCUGCUUAUCGUUUGAUUGGUGGUUCGAAAACGGUAUACAGUGCGGAUUACGAGGAGAAAAUUUCGCUUUUUAACAAUUUCAAGAAACAAAUUGAGAAAUUGAUCGGUCUCACAGUUACGUUGGUCACCGACAAUUUGGCAACUGAAAUGAAACAAAAGAUCUCAAAGGACAUAGACGAUAGUGGCAUAAAUAAGUUUGAAAAAGUUGGCCAAGCGCUUUAUAAAUACAGUAGCGAGAUCGAAGACGAUUCGUCUGCGGUAGUUUUAAAAAGAGCCAAGGAAACAUUCGAUAGCGCCGGUCAGAAACAUCGCACAUUUCGAACAAAUAUGUUAGAGAAAGUGCAAAAACCCAUGAAAGAAUGGAUUGAGACAAACGCUAAACAUUUGAACAAGGAGUUGAAAUCUGUAAACAAUAGGCGAGACGAACUGGAUUGUGCCAUCAAUAAAUUACGAAAAAAACCGGAUGAUCCUGAACUUCAAGCCAUAAAGGAAAGCGCCGAAAACACAUUUCAAGAAGAGCUUGAAAAAACUGAUAAAUUAUUAGAUGAUGAAAUCAAGGAAUCUGUAAGGCAAAUUUCUAAUUUUAUUACAACUGAGCGGCAAUUUCUUAUGGGUCGUAUGUCACUUUCUUUGGUCCGGUCUGAGAAAUAA